CAAGUAGUAGGAAUUGUGUUAUGACUACCAAACACCCCCCACCACAUGAACCUUGCCACUAAUGUUCUGUCAUUAGCAAUAAUCAAGAUUACCAAGUCAAGAUCAUCCCUCAUAAAUAACCUUAACACCUCUCAACCCUUCUUUCCAUCUCUCAUGCUUCAACCCACCAUGGCCAUCCAUUUCUUGCUCCUCCUCUCAGCUCUCUCGGCUCUCUCUGUCUCCGCCGAUGUGUUCACGAGCAUUGAUUGUGGAUCAUCCGACAUCUACACUGACCCAAAUUCCAUAGUAUGGAUGGGUGACAAUGACAUUAUCCAAAAUGGUGUGGCACAAACAGUUCCUCCUAGCAACUCAAUCUCACAUGUGAUGGACACUCUGAGAGUGUUCACGACACGUAAGAAGAACUGUUACAUAAUCAAGGCCGACAAGGGAGGGCAAGUCCUCGUUCGAGCGAGCUUUUACUAUGGAAACUAUGAUCAGAAAUCGGCUCCACCGACCUUUGAUCUUCAGUUUGAUGGGAAUGAUUGGGCAACAAUUGUGACUUCGAGCACUCAGAUGGUUUACUAUGAAGUGACUUAUGUUGUGAAAGGGGAUAGUAUUAGUGUGUGUGUGGCUCAAACGAAGCCCAACCAGUUUCCAUUUAUGUCUGCACUUGAAGUACGUAGCUUGGGUUCAAACAUGUACAGCCAUGUUGAUGCCAAUUUUGCUUUGUUCUUGAGUAGUAGGACUGCUUAUGGUGCACCUGCGGCUGUAAGGUUCUCAGAUGAUCCAUAUGAUAGAAUUUGGGAAACAGGACAAGUCGGCAAUGGACUACUCACGGUGGCAAGUGAUGCACUAUUGAUCACAACUUCGGGUGCAGAAGACGAUCCUCCAAUGGCAGCGGUGCAAAACGCAAUCACAACCUCAGCCACAUCCGAAUACAUAAUCUUGGGUGCUACAUUUCCAGCUAUUGGAAUUCUCACCUACAUUACCUUGUACUUCUCCGAAGUGACUCAACUUGACCCCACAACGCAGAAGAGAUCGUUUAGGCUUUACAAAAACAACCAGUCUUUCUCACAACCUAUAAUACCUCCUUAUGAAACUGUGACGGAGUUGUAUGCCACUAACUUCACUGCUUCGGCGAAUACUACGUUUACUUUGGUUGCUACCUCGGAUUCUACUCUUCCUCCUAUCAUCAAUGCCAUGGAAGUGUUUUACAUCAGUGAUCCUCUUACCCAUGGAACUAAUAGCAUUGAUGUGGGAGGAUUAGGUUCGCUGCAAAAGAAUUUUGAUGUACUACAAGAAUGGGGCGGUGACCCAUGUCUUCCAGCACCAUAUUCAUGGGACUGGAUCAACUGUAGCAGUGAUGCCGUGCCUCGUGUUACAUCUCUGUAUCUCAAUGGGUUUGGUUUGUCAGGAACACUUCCUGAUUUUAGUUCCAUGACUGCUCUUGAGACAAUAGAUCUGCACAAUAACAGUAUAACUGGUCCUAUUCCUAAUUUCCUCGGCACUCUACCAAAUCUAAAAGAACUGAACUUGGCUAAUAAUCAAUUCAGUGGAUCCAUACCCACUUCACUAUCGAAUAACAACAAAAUUAAAUUAGUUGUGACGGGCAAUCCUAACUUGUGCGCAUCUGGGAAGUCAUGUCAGACAACCGACACAUCUCCAAAUUCACCUGGGGAUGAGACUCCAUCAUCAUCAACUACUGAUUCUGGUAGUGGUACUAAGAAGAGCAGCAUUCUACCAAUAAUACUUGGAGUCACGAUUCCUAUUUUCGUUGUUUUCUGGGUUAUUGUUGGUGUUUGCGCUAUCUUGCACCAUAAGAGAAAAACUGCUGCUGUGGCUUCAAUUGGAGCAGGGCAAAAUGGUGGAGCCAAUAGGCCUAAUGGUUCACCACAACAAGGAGUGCUGAACAAUGCCGACAUCCAGAUGUUGGGUAAAAUUGGUCAAGCUGUGAUCAACAACUUUCAGUCCAACAUGGAAGAAAAUGAGCAAGUUAAUGUGGAGCUUGGUGAUCAAACGAAUCAACAGGCACCACAAAAUGGACAGUAUAGCACAAACACUUGAGAGGUUGUUCUGGAGCAAUACUUGAUCCCCAACUCUCUCUCUCUCUCUCUCAAUUUGGAAAAUAUUGUGAAGACAAUGUGGUCACUUGCUUCAGAAAAUAUGUUAGCUUGUUAUUAAAUUGAAAGUUGUAUAAACUUGGAUCUUUUCCAGCAUUUUUUAAUCAAUUAUAGUGUGGUUUUUCUUAUCCCAAAUUUAUUUUGUUUCCUUACUUUUUGUUCCCAAUUUUAGCAG